GUGGGGGGCGUGGAGAAAGAGGACACACGGGCGCACACACACAGCCUGGGAGCAGAAACAUCUUCCCUGGCUUCGUGGGUUUCUCCCCCCACCAGAGCCAGUGUGUGUGAGGAAAUCUCGGGGCUUUGCUCCUAUCGAAAGUGUUCGUCAGGGUGAUUUUUGAUGACCACAAUCCAGAAGUGCUGGCGUCCGAAUGCAUUUUCUUUUGCUUGGCCAAGAAGAGUCGUGAACUUCAAAACCCCCGACACGGAUUAUCAAUCCUGCUUUGCAGGGAAGGAAAACCCUCAAUCCCCUGCCCCCCGCCACCCCUCUCCGGAGAUUCUGCAAUCGCUGAGGCGCUCCGAGUCGGAAGGGGACGCUUUGGGAAUGACCAUGCUCCACGGAGGGACAGAGCCGGCCCCCAGCUUCUCUACACAGAGCCUCCUCCACUAAAGCUCCAAAAAUCAAAAACCGUAAUUGCCAGAAGAAGCAUUAAAAAAAUAGCCCAGCCACUAACCUCACAUGCAAAUGGAAUAAUUACUCUGGAUUCUGCAUUGUGAGCUGCUCUCCAUAUCCUGAAUUACCUCUGAAUUCAGUCUUUUUUCUUUGAAUUUGCAUCUCUUCAAGACACAAGAUUAAAACAAAAUUCACGCAAAAUUGGAUUUUAAAUUAUCUUCCUUUCAUUUAUCCUUCGUCUUUCUUAUAUGGAUAUGCCAGCGAGAAGAGGAGACUGGACAUUCCCAACAUGCUCACUCCCUUAAUCUGUCCGUCUAGAGGUUUGUCUUCUACAAACCAAGGGAGUCGACGAGUUGAAGAUGAAGCCCAGAGCCGAGUGCUGUUCUCCCAAGUUCUGGUUGGUGUUGGCUGUCCUGGCCGUGUCAGGCAGCAGAGCUCGCUCUCAGAAGAGCCCCCCCAGCAUUGGCAUUGCUGUCAUCCUCGUGGGCACUUCAGACGAGGUGGCCAUCAAGGAUGCCCACGAGAAAGAUGAUUUCCACCAUCUCUCCGUGGUACCCCGUGUGGAGCUGGUAGCCAUGAAUGAGACUGACCCAAAGAGCAUCAUCACCCGCAUCUGUGAUCUCAUGUCCGACCGGAAGAUCCAGGGCGUGGUGUUUGCCGAUGACACAGAUCAGGAGGCCAUCGCCCAGAUCCUUGACUUCAUUUCAGCCCAGACACUCACCCCCAUCCUGGGCAUCCACGGAGGCUCCUCUAUGAUAAUGGCGGAUAAGGAUGAAUCCUCCAUGUUCUUCCAGUUUGGCCCAUCAAUUGAGCAGCAAGCUUCCGUAAUGCUCAACAUCAUGGAAGAGUAUGACUGGUACAUCUUUUCUAUCGUCACCACCUACUUCCCUGGCUACCAGGACUUUGUAAACAAGAUUCGCAGCACCAUCGAGAACAGCUUCGUGGGCUGGGAGUUAGAGGAAGUCCUCCUGCUGGACAUGUCCCUGGAUGAUGGAGAUUCUAAGAUCCAGAACCAGCUCAAGAAACUUCAGAGCCCCAUCAUUCUUCUUUAUUGUACGAAGGAAGAAGCCACUUAUAUCUUUGAAGUAGCUAACUCAGUAGGGCUGACUGGCUACGGCUACACGUGGAUUGUGCCUAGUCUGGUGGCAGGGGAUACAGACACAGUGCCCUCGGAGUUCCCCACUGGGCUCAUCUCUGUGUCCUAUGAUGAAUGGGACUAUGGCCUCCCUGCCAGAGUGAGGGAUGGAAUUGCCAUAAUCACCACCGCUGCUUCCGAUAUGCUGUCUGAACACAGCUUCAUCCCUGAGCCCAAGAGCAGUUGUUACAACACCCAUGAGAAGAGAAUCUACCAGUCCAACAUGCUGAAUAGAUAUCUGAUCAAUGUCACUUUUGAGGGAAGAAAUCUGUCCUUCAGUGAAGAUGGUUACCAGAUGCACCCGAAACUGGUGAUAAUCCUUCUGAACAAGGAGAGGAAGUGGGAGAGGGUGGGGAAGUGGAAAGACAAGUCCCUGCAGAUGAAGUACUACGUGUGGCCCCGAAUGUGUCCUGAGACAGAAGAACAGGAGGAUGACCAUCUGAGCAUUGUAACCCUGGAGGAGGCCCCCUUUGUCAUUGUGGAAAGUGUGGACCCUCUGAGUGGAACCUGCAUGAGGAACACAGUCCCCUGCCAAAAACGCAUAGUCUCUGAGAACAAAACAGAUGAGGAGCCAGGUUACAUCAAAAAGUGCUGCAAGGGGUUCUGUAUUGACAUCCUUAAGAAAAUUUCCAAAUCUGUGAAGUUCACCUAUGAUCUUUACCUGGUUACCAAUGGCAAGCAUGGGAAGAAAAUCAAUGGAACCUGGAAUGGUAUGAUUGGAGAGGUGGUCAUGAAGAGGGCCUAUAUGGCCGUGGGAUCACUCACCAUCAAUGAGGAGCGAUCCGAGGUGGUCGACUUCUCUGUGCCCUUCAUAGAGACCGGCAUCAGUGUCAUGGUGUCACGCAGCAAUGGGACUGUCUCACCUUCUGCCUUCUUAGAGCCAUUCAGUGCUGACGUAUGGGUUAUGAUGUUCGUGAUGCUGCUCAUCGUCUCAGCCGUGGCUGUCUUUGUCUUCGAGUACUUCAGCCCUGUGGGUUAUAACAGGUGCCUCGCUGAUGGCAGAGAGCCAGGUGGCCCAUCUUUUACCAUCGGCAAAGCUAUUUGGUUACUCUGGGGUCUGGUGUUUAACAACUCCGUCCCCGUGCAGAACCCAAAGGGGACCACCUCCAAGAUCAUGGUGUCGGUGUGGGCCUUCUUUGCCGUCAUCUUCCUGGCCAGCUACACUGCCAACUUAGCUGCCUUCAUGAUCCAAGAGGAGUAUGUGGACCAGGUUUCUGGCCUGAGUGACAAAAAGUUCCAGAGACCCAAUGACUUCUCACCCCCUUUUCGCUUUGGGACUGUGCCCAACGGCAGCACAGAGAGGAAUAUUCGCAAUAACUAUGCAGAAAUGCAUGCCUACAUGGGAAAGUUCAACCAGAGGGGUGUAGAUGAUGCAUUGCUCUCCCUGAAAACAGGGAAACUGGAUGCCUUCAUCUAUGAUGCAGCAGUGCUGAACUACAUGGCAGGCAGAGAUGAAGGCUGCAAGCUGGUGACCAUUGGCAGUGGGAAGGUCUUUGCUUCCACGGGUUAUGGCAUUGCCAUCCAAAAAGAUUCUGGGUGGAAGCGCCAGGUGGACCUUGCUAUCCUGCAGCUAUUUGGAGAUGGGGAGAUGGAGGAGCUGGAGGCUCUCUGGCUCACUGGCAUCUGCCACAAUGAAAAGAACGAAGUCAUGAGCAGCCAGCUGGACAUCGACAACAUGGCGGGAGUCUUCUACAUGCUGGGGGCAGCCAUGGCUCUCAGCCUCAUCACCUUCAUCUGCGAACACCUUUUCUAUUGGCAGUUCCGGCAUUGCUUUAUGGGCGUCUGUUCCGGCAAGCCUGGCAUGGUCUUCUCCAUCAGCAGAGGUAUCUACAGCUGCAUCCACGGGGUGGCUAUCGAGGAGCGCCAGUCCGUGAUGAACUCCCCCACCGCAACCAUGAACAACACGCACUCCAACAUCCUGCGCCUGCUCCGCACGGCCAAGAACAUGGCCAACCUGUCUGGUGUGAACGGCUCCCCCCAGAGCGCCCUGGACUUCAUCCGGCGUGAGUCAUCGGUCUACGACAUCUCCGAGCACCGCCGCAGCUUCACACACUCUGACUGCAAAUCCUACAACAACCCGCCGUGCGAGGAGAACCUCUUCAGCGACUACAUCAGCGAGGUGGAGAGAACUUUUGGCAACCUGCAGCUGAAGGACAGCAACGUGUACCAGGAUCACUAUCACCACCACCACCGCCCCCACAGCAUCGGCAGUGCCAGCUCCAUCGAUGGGCUCUACGACUGUGACAACCCGCCUUUCACCACGCAGCCGAGGUCCAUCAGCAAGAAGCCCCUGGACAUUGGCCUCCCCUCCUCCAAGCACAGCCAGCUGAGCGACCUGUACGGCAAAUUCUCCUUCAAGAGCGACCGCUACAGUGGCCACGAUGACUUGAUCCGCUCCGACGUGUCUGACAUCUCCACCCACACGGUCACCUACGGAAACAUCGAGGGCAAUGCCGCCAAGCGGCGCAAGCAGCAAUACAAGGACAGCCUGAAGAAGCGGCCGGCCUCGGCCAAGUCCCGCCGGGAAUUUGACGAGAUCGAGCUGGCCUACCGCCGCCGGCCACCCCGCUCCCCGGACCACAAGCGCUACUUCAGGGACAAGGAAGGGCUACGGGACUUCUACCUGGACCAGUUCCGCACCAAGGAGAACUCCCCGCACUGGGAGCACGUGGACCUGACGGAUAUCUACAAGGAGCAGGGCGAUGACUUUAAGCGCGACUCGGUCAGCGGAGGAGGGCCCUGUACCAACAGGUCUCACCUCAAACACGGGGCGGGCGACAAACACGGCGUGGUCAGCGGGGUCCCGGCUCCCUGGGAGAAGAACCUGGCCAACGUGGACUGGGAGGACCGCUCGGGCGGCGGCAACUUCUGCCGCAGCUGCCCGUCGAAGCUGCACAACUACUCCGCAUCAGUGGCCGGGCAGAACUCGGGCAGGCAGGCGUGCAUCCGCUGCGAGGCUUGCAAGAAGGCAGGCAACCUCUAUGACAUCAGCGAGGACAACUCCCUGCAGGAGCUGGACCAGCCGGCUGCCCCUGUGGCGGUGACGUCCAAUGCCUCCACCACCAAGUACCCCCAGAGCCCGACCAACUCCAAGGCCCAGAAGAAGACCCGGAACAAGCUGCGUCGGCAGCACUCCUACGACACCUUCGUGGACCUGCAGAAGGAAGAAGCCGCCUUGGCCCCGCGCAGCGUGAGCCUGAAAGACAAGGGCCGCUUCCUGGAUGGGAGUCCCUACGCCCACAUGUUUGAGAUGCCAGCUGGCGAGAGCACCUUUGCCAACAACAAGUCCUCAGUGCCCACUGCUGGACACCACCACCACAACAACCCCAGCGGCGGCUACAUGCUCAGCAAGUCGCUCUACCCUGACCGGGUCACGCAAAACCCUUUCAUCCCCACUUUUGGGGACGACCAGUGCUUGCUCCAUGGCAGCAAAUCCUACUUCUUCAGGCAGCCCACGGUGGCGGGGGCGCCGAAAGCCAGGCCAGACUUCCGGGCCCUUGUCACCAACAAGCCGGUGGUCUCGGCCCUUCACGGGGCUGUGCCAGGCCGUUUCCAGAAAGACAUCUGUAUAGGGAACCAGUCCAACCCCUGUGUGCCUAACAACAAAAACCCCAGGGCUUUCAAUGGCUCCAGCAAUGGGCAUGUUUAUGAGAAACUUUCUAGUAUUGAGUCUGAUGUCUGAGUGAGGGAAGAGAGAGGUUUUAAGGUGGGUACGGGAGGGUGGGGCCGUGGGCGUGUGGUGCGCAUGUCACGGAGGGUGACGGGGGUGAACUUGGUUCCCAUUUGCUCCUUUCUUGUUGUUUUCAUUUAUUGACGGAAUCCUGGAGUUCUGAUUCCUUCUAAGAGGGCAACCCUGGUGACCAGCCCCAGCCCUCCCCCGCCUCUCCAGUGCUCUCCUCCCUCUCCAUCUGUCAGUCGUUCCCGUUCCCGGGAGGGAAUCCGGUGGGCUCGCUCAGCACGGGAGGGCAGAGUGGAGAAAGGAGGUGGCUGCGUGCAGGCUUCCUCGGAGCAUGGAAGGACUGUUUGCCACCCAACUUGGAGUGCAGCAGGGAGAGAGAUACAAGGAGGCCACGUGAGCGCAGGAUAGCUCUUCCCAAACUGAUGUGGAUGGUUAGGUGAGAAGGCAAAAGCACCCAAAUGAGACCAUUUGCCAUACUGCCCGUGAAUGCAAAGAGGCUUUUGCUAAAUUCUUGUCACUUAGGUGGCAUCUGUGUAGGGAUCACGUGCCAAGCAGAGGGCAGGAGGCCAUGUGUGUUUAUGUAUAAGCCAAAAGAAUGUUUCAAUUCCACGAGACUCCGUGGUGGUGAACUGGAACCAAGGGUCUUUGGUAGGUGACGGAAAGCACGUCAUAGCCACGUUCCAUGGUGCACUAGAGGCAAGAGAAGGUGGACGACAUGUGCAUGUAUGGCCAUGUACACUUGUACGUGCAUGUAGUCUACACGGGCAUGUGGUCAGGGGCCUAGAAAUGUAGAGAGGGCAACCUGGACUCCUAAAACUGUUUCUUCCAACAUCUCGAAGCGGUGUGCCUCUUUUGGCUUAUAUACAAACAGAGAUGGUCCGAUGCUACCUGAAGGUUGGCUGUCUCUCCCCUCCACCCUUCCUGAGUGAGGAGAAUGGAAGUUCUUGACAUGGACGAUGAUGCGGUCUAGACAAAAAGGUGACGAACGAUCCUACGAGAGCAAGGUGCAAAAGUCACUCCUCUGCGGUUCAACCAGUUUUGAACGAGAACUUUCCAGGAAGGCUGAAGGGAACGGGAAGCAGCCACGGCUCUUUUGCCCACACUCGAGAGCAAAAGAUUCUAUAAAAGCUUUCUUGAGCUUUUUAGAUGCUGGCCAAUGUUUGGGGAGGAGCUACGUAAAGCUUUGAAGUAUAGGGGAGUUGUUUACGGUCGGGUAAGUGAGAGAGGGGGAUGUUUUCAAUGCUUUGAUCCCUUCUUACUUCACCUGGAGCUAGGAGAGCUUGCUCCACCAGAACUGAUCACAACUGAUCUGGAACAGACAGUCCAAUGGCAUGAGCUUGCUCUGUGAGUACAGCUCAGGAAACGUGGAGGGAAGGGAAGAGAUUUGGAAGUGGAGAGGGUAGGAGGGGAGGGACUCCCCCACUGCCCCACUGGGUCUGGCUCCCUGAGAAUGUGGCAUUGAGCUCAAUGUGAACACUCUCAGUAGAGGCCCUUCCACCUUCCUACAGAACCUUCUUUCCCUCCCAGGUGUACCAUUCAAGAAUAAAAAUAUAUAUGUAAAUAUAUAUAUAUAUAUGUGUGUGUGUAUAUAUAUGUGUGUAUAUAUAUACACACACACACAUAUAUAUAUAUAUAUAUUUAAAACUCCAGGGAUGAGGGUACUGGCAGAUGCAAUGCCCCCCUUCACUUGGAAACUUGAGAAGGGAAAUGAAUAUUCGUCACUGCCGGUCCUGAAACUUAGGGAGGGGUUGUCCUGUGGGUCCAUUCCACUGUCCUGCCUUCCUCCCCUUACCCAGGCUGGCAGCCAAAGAGCCCCGGGUCUGUUUGGAAGCUUGACUGCAGGAUCUCCAUGUUGCACACAGGACACAUAAACCAGAAAGGUGCUCAUCCUCCUCUGGAAGGAAGCUGCCAUGCCUCUUCAAGUCACACCCUCCAGGGCUGCUCUUUGCCUUCCUGUUUUGCCCUGACUCACCACCCUUCCUCCUUCCCUGCCCUUGACUGCUGUCCCCUGUCCUCCUCCUGGAUUUUUACCUCAGUAUCUUUCAUUUUAAAGCCAACUGAAGGCCUUGUAAAGCUAUGUUUUCUUUCUAAAAUGAACCUGGGGGCAAGGGGCUGAACCUCUCACAGAUUUGGAGAGAGGAGCACGGAGUGCUUUACCUUAGAUUCAAGGAAAGACUUUGAGAGAGAGGACAGAGGGCGUGAGGCGUCUCCAGGAGGAAGAAGGAGAAGGGCCAUAUAAACAUCGCUUCACCCUGACUCUGUCUGAGGUCAGGGGAUCCUCCCCUCACUCUUCCUCUUACCUCACCCCUUUCAAAUAAAAAAACCAAACCAACUAACCUAGCGAACAGCAAUCUAGAACAAAGGGGGCUCUGUCGGUCUCCACUGGUGACAGAAAUCAAGAUGGUGUUUAUUUCAUAUGUAAAUAUUUUGUUUUCUAAUUAAUUUUGUAUAGAUAAAGUGUUCUCUUGUGAGUAUUCAGGGUGUCGGGCUGGAGGGAGUGGGGUGGGGAUGGGAAUGAAGAGGGGAAAAGUGUUUUGUUAUGGGUUUUCAUUUUCCAUUGGGGGAAUUGUUUUGUAUGGCUUUUGCUUCAGGGCGUCUGGGGAAAAGUGUAUGUGAAUGGAGGCCACUGUGGCGAAAAUGCCAGGGAAAAGUAAUCUGUGCCCGCGCCUCCCCACCUCACCAAUCUUCUUGGUCUGUGAGAAGUGUCCGUGCCCAUAAGCCUGGGCUUGGCACUGGGUCCGGCUUGGCCCUAAGCAGAACCCAGGUCCUGCUCCUGUCUCCUAGGUAGACCGCGGAUGACCAGCAUUCCAUGCAGAGUCAAGCUGGUGACACCACAUUUGCCCUGUCAGCACCUAGGGUAGGAAAGAUUCCAAAAAAGGGCUUAAAUCAGAAUUGAGGUCAAAUUGACCCUCAAUCCUGAUGUGGCCGAGAGGUUUCAGGAAGCUCAGUCCUGAGAAAUCUCCCAGAAGCCCCCUUGUGAUGUUUAACAACCAUAUCAAAGCCAAUUCUUUUCUUCCUAGUACCUGAGUGCUGGCCACCUCCCUACGCCCUCCCUCACUCCUUAGGUGUCAGCACUGCAAGCACACGCAGAAAAUUCCCACAAAGUCUACUUUCUGAAGCAUGUGAUAUCUGGUGACAGGGAGGUAGCACUGGAUACAUGUCUUACAAAUAUGCAUGCUUUUCUAGAAAAGAUGACCAGAUCUGCUCCAAAAAAAAAAAAAAAAAAAAAAAGAAAAAAAAAAAAAAAAAGACCAGAUCUGCCCAUAGAAAGAUUGCAGAAGUUGGUUUUAGACGUAGAAGGGUGGGUAUGUGAGGGACGGUGCCGAUAGUGACUUUAUUUUGUCCUGUCCUCGUUUCUGCCCUCAGGAAGGUGCUAUUUGCCUUGAGCCAGGGAUUCAUAACCUGACCUUGGGUUAUUAACCAGACAAACAGAGUUUCUUUCACUGGAUUAUUUGUUUUGUGAAGGGUGGCAGCCUCUCUCUAUCUACCACGGGAUGAAAUGUCCAAAUCCGUUUACGCAAGACGUUACAUCCUAUUUGGUCCUAUCCUCCCAUCAUUGAAAGCUGUCAGCUGGAUCGUUUCAUUUUUCUAAACCUUUUCGUUGGGCCCCUUGGUCACUUCUCUUCAGCUGGAUGUUUGAAUUGGGACCAAAUAAAGUAUUCGUGGCCUGCUCAAGAAAGCUUAAAGAAAGGAAGGCCAAGCA